AUGCCAAAGAUACGUACUGUUCGAAGUAAGAAGCCACCUGCUGGGUUUGACGAAAUUGAAGAUACAUUACUUGACUUUGAAGUCCGACUGAAAGACGCCGAGUCUAAAUCCAAGAAAGCCACUGCUGGACAAUCUGUUUCCUUGUCAGAAGGCUUGUGGCCCAUUUACCAAUUACACCAUCAACGAAGCCGUUACAUUUACGAUCUCUACUACACCAAGGAUAGAGCCAUUUCAUCUGAGCUCUACUCAUGGCUGCUGAAAAAUAGAUAUGCUGAUGCCCAGCUUAUAGCGAAAUGGAAGAAGCAAGGCUACGAGCAUUUGUGUUGCCUGCGAUGUAUUCAGGGGAAAGAUAAUGUGCAUGGGACAACAUGCAUUUGCCGAGUCCCCAAGGCCCAACUGACUAAACGCAUAGAACAGGAAGAGGCUAAGGAAAGUGAAGAUGAUGAUGAGGGCGAAGACAAGAAGAAGAAAAAGAAGAAAAAGAACAAGGAAAGUGUCAAGAGUAUACAAUGCGUAACGUGCGGGUGCAGAGGAUGUGCAUCUACUGAUUAG